UCCUGCCCCGCCCGGCGCUGCGCAGCGUGCCGUGCCGUGCCGUGCCGUGCCGUGCCGCGCCACCGCCCGCUCGGCUCCCGGAACGGCGGCCGGGGAUGGCGGGGCCCGGCGGGGCGGCUGCGCCGCUGGUGCUGUACCACUGGACGCAGUCCUUCUCCUCGCAGAAGGUGCGCUUGGCAAUUGCAGAAAAAGCCCUCAAGUGUGAAGAACACGACGUAAAUCUGCCCCUGAGCGAACACAAUGAGCCGUGGUUCAUGCGUUUAAAUUCGUCUGGAGAAGUGCCUGUCCUUAUCCACGGGGAAAAUAUUAUUUGUGAGGCCACCCAGAUUAUCGAUUACCUUGAAGCAACAUUUAUAGAUGAGGAAGUGCCAAGAUUAAUGCCAGAAGAAGGGAGCAUGUAUUAUCCAAGGGUGCAACACUACAGAGAGCUUUUAGACUCCUUGCCUAUGGACGCCUACACACAUGGCUGCAUCCUCCACCCCGAGUUAACAGUGGACUCCAUGAUUCCAGCCUAUGCUACAAGCAGAAUUCGUAGCCAAAUAAGUAACACAGAAUCAGAGUUGAAGAAACUUGCGGAAGAAAAUCCAGACCUUCAAGAUGCCUAUAUAGCAAAACAGAAGCGCCUUAAAUCUAAACUGCUGGAUCAUGAUAAUAUAAAAUACCUAAAGAAAAUACUGGAUGAACUGGAGAAAGUUUUGGAUCAGGUUGAGACUGAACUGCAGCGGCGAAAUGAGGAAACACCAGAAGAUGGAAGUCAGCCUUGGCUCUGUGGUGAAUUCUUCAGUUUGGCAGAUGUGUCACUUGCUGUCACAUUACAUCGGCUGAAGUUUCUGGGUUUAGCAAGAAGAAACUGGGGAAAUGGAAAACGGCCCAACUUGGAAGCCUAUUACGAGCGCGUUGUGAAGAGAAAAGCAUUUUACAAAGUUUUAGGACACGUCAACAAUAUAUUAAUCUCAGCAGUUCUGCCAACUGCGUUUCGAGUGGCCAAGAAAAGAGCACCCAGAGUUCUUGGCACCACCCUGCUGGUCGGCACGCUGGCGGGAAUGGCUUAUUUUGCUUUCGUGUGUCUUCGGAAGAGAUUUGCCAACAUGAUGUUGUCAAUUAGAACCAGACAAAAUUAUUUUUAGACCUGUUUGUCCCUGGUGGUGAGUGGAGGUCAUCUCUACCUCUGCCCCACUAGGAGACUAUCCCCAGUAAAAUACAAGCAUAUAAGAAAGGCUAUAUCUGUGAAUUAGAACAUUGUCACACAGUAAUCAUCUCCUGCUGUUGUAUAAUUGGAUUGGCAUUGCUAAGAUAUUUGCAGAAAAUGUAUGUUGGGGGGUGACAACAAAGGCAAGAAGAUACUUUAUUUUUAGAUGAGGAGGUAUAAGGGCUCCGAUGGUGUUUUGUUGAAGUGGUUAUUGUUUCAAUCUUCUUUACUCAAUAGCUGACCUAAUUACAAUGUUUUAUUUAAUAGGUAUGCAGCAAUGUGACAGCUUUUCACUGUGGGUGAAAUGCAUUACUGUGCAGAAACAAGCACUGAAAUACUGAAAACAGCACUUAGCUUAAAUGCUCGGAGUAGGAUUUGAGUGGAACACAGGCUCAGUGCCUUCAAAGCUAAGUGUCUCUGUACUGAUGAAUGUCUUGGUUGGACCUUUAGGAAUGUGUUACAAAGCAACCUUGUAGAGCCACUUUUUUCAUAGCAUGUUCAUGCAGUAGUGUAGGAAGAGACCUGAAACGCAUAUAAAUGUGAAUAAUUUGUGGGCCACACAGGUGAAAUUCUGUAGAGGCACCAGCAGUCAGCAGAUUCCGGACUUCCAUUGGUACACAGAUGGGUGAGAAAAACCUGAUGCUUGUCUUUUAAAUGUCUUUUGGGUAGCUUUUGGCCCAGCCAGAUAGUCAGCUCAGCUACCAGCCCUGGCUUAGUCAUAUCAGUGCACAUUUCCUACUUUCUUUCCUGUCUGCUCCUUCUCUCUUCUGCUCUUCUGGUGGCUUGAUACUGUCUUCUGUGUCCCAUGUACCUCUUGAUUCCACUCUGAGCACUGGCUGUUUUUUGCACACCACGUAGCUAUGUUACUAAUUGCAUGUGCCUCUAUGAAACGUUUGCUCACAACGUGCCACAGCCAACAAGAUAAUGUAUGCACAACAACGCCUUUUGUAGAAGUAAUUUAAAAUAGUUAACUAUAUUUAAGCCUGGUUGGGUAGCCUAGAUUUAAAGGGAAACAGUAAUUUAGCAAUCAGUUUACUUAGGGAGAGGUGUCAUAUUGGUGAUAAAUGAAAAUAUAGGUCACCCCCUAUAAUUACUUUUGAGCACUGAGAAGACCCUCACUCAGGUUUGCUGGGGAGAGCAGAGAAGUUUCUGUCUUGCCAGUUUUAACUCUCUUGCCAAUAUCAAAGUGGAUAAAAUUAUUGAAUACUCCCACUUAGUAUUUUGUAAGUUCUCUAACAAAAUAAGACCUAAAUCUCAUAGAUCCUUUCCAUUAAUGAGAAAAUCUUACCUGGAAGCAUUUUUUUAAAUCAAAAAGUCAGUUUUAUAUAACUCUAUUUCAUUUGUUUUCAAUGAUUUGAUGAUUUUAAUCUGCUCUAUUAGAAAAACUUUGUGUAAGUUUAAUCCAACAAUACUCUGAUAUUCUGGCAGCUUUAACUGAAUUUGUUUGUUUGCAGUUCAUCUGCUUUUAGGUGUAACCAACAAAUUACACUAAGUUAAUAAACACAGAGUGAGCCCUGUAACGUAAAACUUCCUCAGCAUGUCUUUCUGACAGGUCAUCUGUAAAAUACAAUCCAAUCAAGUCACAGUGAAAUUCGUUAUGUAUGACAGCUCUCUGGCGGAUAAAUUUACAUUUCACUUCUUCCUCCCCCCCCCCCCUUUUUUAAUGUGUUAAUUGUAGAUCAGAACACACAUAUUUCCAGAAGAUGCACUAGUUCAGUUUACACUACCAGCCCCAUGCCCUGUGAUACUGGCUAUUAAUGAAGUUGUGUAGUUUUACUUCCCCCCCAAACCCCAGUCGUCUGUGUACUUCAGCUAGCACUCAUUGCUUGCAGGAUCUGCAGAUAUUAUUGGGAAGGACUGAAUUGACCACCAGGUGUCAGUGGUCCUCUAGGGCUACACUGUGGCAUGCCUCAGAUGUGCAGAUCACAGAUGUUUUCACGAGCAAAAUCUCAUUUCAGUGUAAAAUGGAUGAUGUGAGCAGCCUCAUCAAAAUAGCAGUGUCUCAAGAGCGUAGAAACAACUGCUUCGGUCUGCUGCAGGCUAGUUUGUUAAUAUCCAUAAUUUACACUUGUGAGUAGUUUCUACACUGGAUAAAUAGGAUUGUCCAACAGAGGGCACAGUUUAUGUGAUAAGUCACUUUAAAACGAAUGUCACUGAGUUACAAUUAAACUUCUUGUCUGCAAGAAAGAGUGUGGAUAAAACUUACUGAGAAAAGUUUGGGUUCCCAGUUUUAAUAAAGUUCUGUUCUAUUCGAUAGGCUGCUUAUUUUCACUGCCCUGAAGUACUAUGGGAAGCAACAUUGGUUUCUGUACAGGUGGCAGCAAAAGGCUUAUCCACGAUUAAAUUUGUUGAAAUAGGAUGAAAUUUAGAAGCACAUAUGCUAUGUAUGACUCUUUGUGCGGAGUACCUUUUGUGUGGUGCUUAUAAAUUUUCUUUUCAGUCUGUCUGAUUUUCUUUGCUCUAGUAUCUCUGGAUGUUACUUAUAUUGGAUACAACAAACUAUCUUCUGGUUUUCAUUUGCUAUUUGUUCUUGUAUCAUGCAUCAGAUACAUUUCAUGUCAUAUCUUUGUAUGUGGGACCAGCAAAAUAAAUAUAGAUUCUACAACUAC